ACAGAGGAAAUGGUGAACAGCUAUAUGAAUGUCCAAUGUGCAGUCUUACCUGUACAAACAUUCAGAUUCUUGAAGAACAUGUGGAUUUACACUUAGAGGAACAAAGCUUUUCGGAAGGUGGAAACAUAAGAGAUCUAGAACUGGCUCAGCGACUCCAAACUGAAGAAGAUAAAUGGCAGAGAUCAGAAGAAGAGAAGCGAGAGAGGGAAGAAUUUAAAAAGCUGCAAAGACAGUAUGGCUUGGAUAAUUCUGGAGGCUACAAGCAGCAAUUUCUAAAGAAUAUGGAAAGGGAAGUUGAUAGAGGAACGAUGCAGCCUUUUGAAUAUCACAAGAGAAAAGCUGACAUGAUGGAAUGUUUGGCUUUUGGUAUAGAUGAUGGGAAGACAAAGACCUCAGGAGUCAUUGAAGCAUUGUGCAAAUACUAUCAGAAUGAAAACAAAGAUGUGAGGCAUGUAUGGCUUUCAAGAGGAGUAGAUCACUUCCACUCAUCUUUGGGCGACAGAGGCUGGGGUUGCGGUUACAGGAAUUUCCAAAUGCUCCUUUCCUCACUGUUGCAAAACAGCUUGUAUAAUGACUGCUUGAGAGAUACUACGCUAGUUCCUAGUAUACCAAAGAUUCAGUCCAUGAUUGAAGAUGCCUGGAGAGAAGGCUUUGAUCCUCAUGGAGCAUCUCACUUCAACAACAGAUUACAUGGUUCCAAAGCAUGGAUAGGAGCAUGUGAAAUUUAUUCACUCUUAACCAGUCUCAGGAUAAAGUGUCAAAUCAUUGACUUUCACAAACCGACUGGCUCUAUGGGUACACACCCUCGUUUAUUUGAGUGGGUUUUGCGUUACUAUUCUACAGAUAAUGAAGGUGGUGCAAAGGUAGUGUGUACUUCCAAACCACCUAUCUACUUGCAACAUCAAGGUCAUAGUCGUACUGUUGUUGGAAUAGAAGAGAAGAAGAAUAAAACCUUAUGUUUGCUACUGUUUGACCCAGGAUGUCCUUCCCAAGAAAUGCAGAAAUUGCUAAAACAAAACAGUGAUGGUACUAGUCUCAAACUACUUCGGAGAUUUGUGGGUAGCUUAAAAGAAAAGCAGUACCAGAUAGUGGCAGUAGAUGGUGUACUCUCAUUGGAAGAGAAAGCUGCUCGCUGCCAUGCUUCUCAGGUCUUAACAUCGGAGAAGAUUCCUUAA